UAAUGUAGAUCUUUAUGUAGACGUGUGAAUGUAGAUGCUUUAACCAGCUCAAAAAAAUAUCUCAAUCAACAAUUUCUUCAAACAUUCAUUUUCUUUACAAAAUUCCACUGUUAUUUUUCAGUCUUGAAACUCCAGCAAGAUUAAAAUAGUUUUUCUCAGCUAGCUGUUAAGUUUGCUAUUUGUGCUUCGGGAUCUUUUUCCAUGGAGUGCUUUGGAAAACUUGUCAAGAAAAAGAACCGAAAAAAAGCUGUUAAGAGUAAGAAUCGAACAUCCACUGAUGUUUUUGAUUCUCUCUUUUUGGAGUUGGACGAUUGUACAAGUUUUACUUUUUUUACAGAACGUAGUUCUGCUAUUACCGAUCAAGUUGGGAUCGUUAGAAUAGAAGCAGAACUGUUGGGAAUGUUUCAGAUGUACAUGGCAAAUUGGAACAAUGCUGAUAAGCAGCGCGGUGCUGGUCAGGGGUUGGGGUCUCUGGUGCUGGAAAUUGAAGCUGCAGUUGACGAGGCAACAAGUGAUGUAAGAGUUGCACAUCAGAGUGCAGGAAGAUAUGAAAAGAUUGAAAUUGCAAUUGCUAAGUUGCAACAGAAGCUUAUGUUUUUUAGGCCACAAAUGGAAGUAGCUUAUGAAUAUGUUGCAUCCAACCAUUCAUUUGAAUCCCAGCAUCCCUUAAACAAUUAUGAAAACUGGGAAAACUUCUGUGACACUUUACUGGGUGUUGUGCGGAGGCAAGGAGACUUGCUAUGCCGCCUCUGCUCACAACUUCGUACCAUGUAUGAUAUGGUAAAAUGUCUCCAUAGAUAUGUCGAGGGAAUGCAAGGUACUUGUCCAAAUCUGCAAAGAGAUCUCUUGACUCAUUUUGGAGGUGUGCUUGUCCGCGCAGCGCAUUUUUCUUAUGUGUGCUGGAUUCAUCGAAUGGAUGAAGACAAGGACCAGGGGAUGAUCAUCAUGCUUUCUGAUCUGGUAAAGGCGUUCAAGCCUAAUACUCCACAAGUUUCAGAGCUGUGUCUCAAAUUAACUACCGGUUAUUGUUCAUGCCACUCCUCGAUAUCAUCACCUCAUUAUCUGGUGAAAGCAUAUAUUUAUUUUCUCAUUCCUAAGGAGUAUUAUCGAUACGAAACCUUGCGCAGAAGUCUCAAAGACCUGAUAUUCUUUGUCCAUUCCAUUUGUGUGUCAGAUCUCUACAGGAACGAUAAUGUGAAGCUGACUUUAAUGGAGAUUAAAGCAACCAUUAUCGAGCUUGGAUCUUUCGGUUAUUCAUUUCAUGAUACAGAGGAAACACGGGACACCGAUCCUGCAUUUUUUAGUUUGGUAGAAAAGAUGGAGCUUCUAAGGGCAGAGGUCUUCCUGAUCCGACUGCUAAACCAUAGAGGCAGUUUAAAGUUCCUUGAGCAUCAAAUUGAUUCUUUCCACAAUGAACUGAAGUAUUUUCGAGAUUACCAGAGAAAUGCACCUGUGGCGGAAACUAAAGUUCCUAAGUUGAUUUGGUUGCAUAUCAAACCUGUGGCUGGGGAAGCUGACUCCGUUUGUCGAUCAUUUCUUGCCGAAUCCAUCACUGAAGACAAGUUCACAGAUGAGCUACUUAAGUUGCUGGAGAAGAUUAAACUUUUGAAGACAGAGGUACUUUUUGAAGAGCUUCUUAGUAAACACCCAAGUCUGAUAGUCAAUGUGAAGCUCCAAAUCAAAAGCCUUGAUCAGGGGCUGGUAGUCAGCAGAACUUAUUUAAUGGGUCCACUAGAGGAGAAUGAGAAAUUGAUCUUGGCACAAGUAGAGUCAGUAGCAAGGGAUGCAGCUUGUUUCUAUUACUCUCUUCUUGAAAAUGAAAUUACAGAAGAUACAGUGAGGAAAUUCAGUCAUUUGCUGCCGGGGUUAGUUGAAAAGAUGAAGGAUGUCAAUGCAAUGAUCAAAGAAAUUUACUUACCUCAUCGAAGGUUAUCAAGAUCUAAUUUCCCCAAGUUGGAAGGACUAGGCUGCAUCGAUUUCUUUCUAGUAGAUCUCUUCGAGCAGCUCAAGUCUAAAGCUGAUUCUAUUCUUUCCGUGAAACAUCAAUUUCAUGUUGUUCAUGAAGAGAUAAAGUUCUUGAGAUCAUUCCUCGCGUACAUUGAAGAACAGUAUAAUGAGCAUCAGGAAUUGAAGAGUGUUGCUUCAUGCAUUAUACAAGUAACACUCGAGGCAGAAUAUCUCAUUCAUCUGUUUGUGGCUGGAGAUUGUUUGAGAUGGUAUCAUCCAUUAUGGCUUUCUGAUCUUGUGGAAGAUCUCAGAAUCAUUAAGUUUCAGGCAACAGAAACCUGUAAGAAUGUACAGGGCAUCAACAUCCAUAAUGUUCUCUCCACUUCAACAAGGGCAUCAUCACCAGCUGAAAGUCCCCAGAUUGAUGAAGCUGUUAUUGAUCUUGCUGAUGAAAAAAAAUUGGUCAUUGAUAGACUUGUAGCAGGAUCAGGAAAACUAGAUGUUGUGUCAAUUGUUGGCAUGGCUGGACUCGGAAAGACAACUUUAGCCUGGAAGGUAUACAACGAUCCUUCAAUUACCUAUCACUUCCACGUUCAAGCAUGGUGUUGUGUCUCCCAAGCAUAUCAGAAGAGAGAAUUGCUUCUUCAGAUUUUAGGUGACACCGUGGAACUUACUGAUGACCUCCUAGAAAUGAGUGAUGCAGAUCUGGAGAUGAAAUUGUACCGUUGCCUGAAGAGAAAUAAGUACCUCAUUGUUAUGGACGACAUCUGGAGCAUUGAGGCAUGGUAUGAUUUCAAAAGAUCAUUUCCAGAUGACAACAAUGGAAGCAGAAUACUGAUGACCAGCCGUCACUUUGAUGUGGCGGCAAAAAUUAAAGAAGACAAUUUUAUUCAUCCCCUUCGUAUAUUCUCUGAAGAUGAGAGCUGGGAAUUGUUGCAGAAAAAGUUGUUUGGCACAGAAGGGUGCCCUGAUGAACUACUGGAACUUGGAAAACAAAUUUCGAGAAGCUGUGGUGGACUCCCGCUUGCACUUGUUGCAAUAUCUGGUCUCCUUAAAAGAACUGAUAUGGAACCUGACUGGUGGAAACAAGUUUCAGAAAAUAUAUGCUCACGCAUUGCUGAUGAUCCUGAAACAAGGUGCAUGGAUAUCCUAAAUCUAAGCUACACAUAUUUACCUGACUAUUUGAAGCGUUGCUUUCUGUAUACUGGAGUGUUUUUGGAGGAUAAAGACAUCCCAGUUAGGAAGUUGACAUGGUUAUGGGCAGCAGAAGGAUUCAUAGCAAUUACACAGCUGGGAAGCAAAGAAGAUGUUGCAGAGAGGUACUUGAGGGACCUAAUUGGUAGAAGCCUAGUAAUGGCUUCCAAAAGAAGAUCGGAUGGAGGAGUCAAAACGUGUCGUGUUCAUGACAUGUUGCGCACCUUAUGCCUGCGAAGGUGCGAAGAGGAAAACUUUUUGCAGUGGCAAAAUGGUUAUGAUGAACUUUUUCCUCCUACUUAUGAGGACCUAGAUUAUGGAGUUGAUCCCGGUUAUUGCUUACCUGCAAAUUCCACGACAUACGAAAAUCGCAGGGUGUCCAUCUUUUCCAAGAGGAAGCAUUUUGUAAUGUCCAGUCCUUGUGGACCGUGUGUCCGCUCUCUACUGUACUCUGCCACCAGCGAUAUGCGUCCAUGGUGUCCUUAUGACAUCUCCUCCAUUUUGAACAACUUUAAGCUUCUGAGAGUUUUGGAUGUGGAAUGCAUCAACAUGGGCCAUGCUUUCCCCACAGGAAUAGAAGUUAUGGUGCGUCUGAGGUAUUUAGCCCUUUCUGGUGAUAUAGACAGUAUUCCUGAAUCAAUAUCGGAGCUGCUAAAUCUUGAAAUCUUGCUUGUAAAGGGACUAAAAGGUAGAGUUUUAUUACCAAGAACCAUUUGGAGCAUGGCAAAGUUGAGACAUGUCCAUGUAAUUAAUCAUGCUGCCUUCAGCUUGCAAGAUGGCAUAUGGAAAAGUUCUUCUCAAUUACAUAAUCUGGUCAGUUUUUCCUCUCCAUAUCUCUCUUGUGGUGAACGUACAGAGAACAUCAUGAGGAGGUUGCCCAAACUUCGGAAACUGAGAUGCACAUUUUCUGAAUUAUCAGAUGAUAAUGAGAAAUGCAAUCAGUUUCCAAAACUAAAUUUUCUGACGGAGCUCGUGUCUCUCAAGCUGCUCUAUUCUGGUAGGAUUGCUCUACCCUGUAAAUUUGACUUCCCAUUGAAUCUCAGAAAGUUGACCCUGUCGAAAUUUCACCUACCAUGGUCAUAUAUUUCGGAAAUUGGAAAGCUGCCCAACCUUGAGGUUCUCAAAUUACUCUCUAAAGCCUUUGAGGGGAAAGUAUGGGAGAUGAAAGAAGGGGAGUUCCUUAAUCUGAAAUUUUUGAAGCUAGACAGUCUAAACCUUGCUGAAUGGAAUGCCUCUAGUGAUCACCUGCCACAGCUUCAGCACUUAAUUUUGCGAAGUUGCAGGCAGCUGAAGGAGGUCCCCUCUGGUUUUGGGGAAAUCUGCACUCUGGAGAUGAUUGAGGUACAAUUGUGCACAAGAUCUGUUGGAAAGUCUGUGAGACGGCUUCAGACGGAAUCACUUGACAUGGGGAAUGAGCUGAAGGUCCUUAUUGAUCGUUCGGAAAUGGAUUUCUGAUCACCUCCCUAACUUCUGAUAGAAAUUUGGCACGUCAUUUUAUCUGCAGUUGGCCCUCAGGAAAAGAGAAGUGGACCUCUCUUCAAGAUGCAGAAGAUGGAAUUCUCGGCAUCUAGAUCAAGGUGAAGAAGAUGGGAAAAGGGCAUCUAGAUUAUGUUAUAUCUGGGAUUUAUUAGUUCUCACAGGGGUGUCUGUAAAUUCAAAAUGUUUGGUUGAUUUCUUCCUUGUGAUGGCAACUUGGAGAUUUUAUGUUUUUCUGCUUUAGCCAGAUUACAAACCAUGUGUUUGAAACACUUUUUGAGUUUCCCUUGUUUGAUGAGUAUGACUUGAUUAUUUUCAAUAUCUCUAUAAUGAGAAUGUAUAUUGGUAUCAUUUUCAUCUUCUUAUUAUUUUGAUGACUAAGUAUACAACUGAAUAAA